AUGGCCGCCUCUGACCUCACUGCCCCUAUGGGAGACGCCAACCCAACAGCUCCGAGCAGCGACGACGUUCCCCAGUCCCAAGUAAUUCGCAAUAUCGCAACCAACCACAACCGCCUCUACCUCUCACACCUCCUCUCAACCCUCUCCUCACGCAUCUUUGAAUUCGGCAGCACCCUCUACCUCGCCCAUGCCUUCCCUGGUACCCUCCUCCCACUGUCAGUCUACGCUCUCUGCCGCGGUCUCGCCGCCGUGAUCCUGUCGCCCUCAGUCGGGCGGUAUAUCGACACAUCACCGUCGCGCUUGAUUGUUGUGAGGCAGAGUAUUGUGUAUGCCCGCGUGGCUGUUGUGCUGAGCUGUGUUGGGUUCUGGUGCUUCAGUAGCGGAUGGGACUUAUGGCCGUGGCAAAGUUAUGCACUCCUGGCAGCACUCAGCAUGGCAGCAUGCGUGGAGAAGCUCUGCAGCGUAAUGAAUCUAGUCAGCGUCGAGAAGGAUUGGGUCGUUGUCAUAGCCGGCGGUGACGAGGGCCUCUUGAGGGAGAUGAAUGCUGCGAUGCGAAGGAUUGAUCUAGGCUGCAAGCUCCUGGGACCAUUCCUGAUCUCCGUUGUCGAUGGCUACUCCACCACGGUGGCCGUCAUAGCGAAUCUGGCUACGGCUGUCGUGAGUCUCCCGAUCGAGUGGUACGCCAUCAAAUGGGUAUAUGACUCCACACCCGCAUUACAGCAUCCAAAGGUCAUCUCUGCCACUUUUACGCCAUCAGGCACCGAGUGUCAUGCGACAGCAACGUCGACGACCUCCUCAUGGAAACACUCUCUCCACCAACAAACAACCCUCCUCCACACCUACUUCUCCCACCGCGCCUUCCGCCCCUCACUAGCAGGCGCACUCCUCUACUUCACGGUCCUCUCCUUCUCCGGCCAGAUGGUCACUUUCCUCCUCGCAGUCGGCUUCAGCUCCCUUACCAUAGCAUGCUUACGCACUUUGUCCGUGGUGUUCGAAGUCUCGGCUACUUGGCUCGCGCCCGCGGCAAUGCGGAGGGUGGGGGCGGUGAGGGCGGGGAUAUGGUUCUUGAGCUGGCAGGGGGCGUGUCUUGCUGUUGGCGUUGUUGGGUUCUUGCUGCUUGGGCGUGAUGGUUUAGGAGGUGGAAGAACUAGUGGAAGCAGCAUAGCAGCCGCACUAUCGCUAGUAGCAGGCACGAUCCUCAGCCGUGUUGGUCUCUGGGGCUUCGAUCUCUCAACACAGCUGAUCGUGCAGGAAGAAGUCGAGGCCCAGCACCGCGGUUCGUUCUCCGCGGUCGAGGCGUCUAUGCAGAAUGGCUUCGAGCUGUGCUCGUUCGCAGCGACGGUAGUAUGGAACAAGCCCGAGCAGUUUCGGUGGCCGGUGCUGGCGAGCUGUGCGAAUGUGUACGUUGCGGGCGUGCUAUAUGCUUGGUUCGUGAGGGACCGGAGGGGCCAUUUGGUGCACUUCUGCGAGGGGAUGGGGAUGAAGAGGGGCCAUGGGUUGUAUGAGGACGAGGAGGAGGAGGUCGUGCUUGAGCUUUUGGGCCGGGAGACCCAAAGGUAG